AAACCAAACAAAUGGAAAAACCAACUUACAUAUUUUUUUGCAUUUUGCGGUUGAAGUAAAAGAAAAGAAAAGUUAAAAGAUCUAAAAUAUAUAUAAAGGAUUUAAUGUCAAUAGCUUGCACCAGUUUUUCUCCAAAGUUCAGACAGAAAUUCUGCAAUAAAAAAAAUACAUUUUUCUCACUGCUAUGUAAAAAAUUCACCUUUCUUAUUUCCGUAAUUACGUUUGUUUUUAUAAUGUUUUUUUUUAAUAUUGUGCCUACCGCAAUGACUCGUUCCUUAAAAUAAAUCCCUAGCGAAACUAAUCGGUGACUCCUGUACUAUGGUAAGUACAAAUGCGUACAAAUGUUUUUAAAUGUGAGUAUUAUUACGACAAUCAUUUAUCCGUGUAUCUAAUAUAUUAAACAGAUGUGAGCACAUUUCUGGGCGACCUAUGAAGCCGAUACGAGUAUGAUAACAAUUAAUGAUCAUGUCCGAGAAAUUCGCAGAUAAACAUUAAUAUGCCCAAAAAACGAGUUUUCAUGAUUGAAACAAAUUUUUCAUUGAAUAACUCUCGAUAAUUCAUAGAUAAGAGACGAUGCAACUGUGGGAUAAUGCAAAGUCACACUUAUAUGAUAUUACGGAGAUUGACGAUCCGUUAUCAUUUUAAGAUACAGGUCUUAUAUAAAAUAUCUGACAGCGUCCAAACUGCGCAUUGCUAGUGCAAGUAUGCUGCGAUCGGUUGCUCUGUUGGGCUUGUUGUCGGCAGUGGGUGCCUGGUUGAGGAUAGACCCGCUUGUUGAGACUCAGCAGGGACUCAUCAGGGGACUGAGGUCCGAAAAUGGAAAGUUCUCGAAAUUUCUGGGCAUACCGUACGCACUAGUCGACGAGAAAAAUCCUUUCGGGCCAUCAGUACCACACCCUGUCUUCGAAGAGACAUUCGAAGCGUACGAUGAUUCUGUAGUUUGUCCUCAAGUUGUUAAAGUUACUAAAGUCGGAAUUGGUAGUCUCCAGUGCUUGAACCUGAACGUUUAUGUUCCAAAUACGGCUACAUCGCGCAACAAGCGCCCCGUGAUGGUUUGGAUCCACGGAGGAGGCUUCACUACCGGCAGCGGGACAAGCAGAGACUACUCCUACGACGACCUGGUCCGACAUGACGUCAUUGUCGUAUCGGUCAACUACCGACUCGGACCCUACGGGUUCUUAUGCUUGGACAGUCCCGAGGUUCCCGGCAACCAGGGUUUGAAGGACCAAGUUCUUGCAUUGAAGUGGAUUAAAGAAAAUAUCGAGGCAUUCAGCGGAGAUGCCUCUAAAAUAACCAUAUUCGGAGAGAGUGCUGGGGGCCAAGCAGUCGAGUUGCACCUACUGACCGACCAAGAUAAACUGUUCAAUCAGGUGAUUGUGCAGAGUGGCUCCAUUUUUAAGCCUGGGAUCAUCAAUAAGCCUGACAAUAGUGUACCAAUACAAAUAGCGAGCCGGUUGGGAUUCGAAACUGAGGACUUCGUAGCGGCGAUAUCGUUUCUGGCCGAUCAAGACCCGCAACUUGUGGUGGCGGCUAGUACUUCCGAGGGUUCUACUGUAUUUAGCGGUAGCGCAUACAGAGCUUGCGUAGAAAACGAAUUUGACGGAAUUCACAGUUACCUCUCUGUUUCUCCACAAAAUUUAAAGAUUAAAAACAUCCCCGUGAUUUAUGGAGUGAAUAGCAAAGAAUAUUUGACUUUGCAUGCUUCAUUAGUUCCGGAACAGUACGAAGUGUCAGGAUUUAAGUCCUUCCUAAAAUUGGCUUUCAACUUGACCGAUGCUGACAUGGAAGAAGACGUGAGACAUUUCUACAUCGGAGACGAGACCCUGACUGAGGAGUUGUUCGAUGAAUUUAUAACUUUUGCAUCAGAUUAUUAUUAUGGUUACCCCGUCGAACGGUCCAUUAUGAAGUCAUUGGCUGACGGUAAUAAGGAAAUAUAUUACUACGUGUUCUCGUACGACGGAGGCAGAAAUGCCAUGAAGGAGUACCUUGGCAUAACGGCGGCGGGCGUUGCGCACGCAGACGAGCUCGGCUACCUGCUGGCCGUGGAUGCGGUCCCGGGACAACACAUCGCCGAGGAGGACCAACUGAUCAUCGACAGGAUCACUACUCUUUGGGCUAAUUUUGCUAAAUACGGCAACCCCACCCCUGAGCCGACGGACCUGCUGCCGGUCGUGUGGUCGACAGUAGAAGGUAACAAGCGGCCGUAUCUGGACAUCGACACCGACCUGCAGCUCAGAGGCAGGCCCUUCCACCAACGGAUAGCCUUCUGGGAUCUUUUCUAUAAGCUCUAUGGAGAAUACGAAAAAUAAAAUUUGUAUUCGUUAUGAAUAUAAUAAAAUAUGUGCUGUAGUUUCAAUGCGUCUGUAUUACCUAAAUCUAUUCAGCUUACUUAAUUCUAUAUUGAUAUCUGUACUAACUCACUCUGGCGAUCACGUACAGGCUGUAUCUCAUUAAAUAUUCACGAAGCCUUUUUAAAAAUCAUUAAAAUAACGUUGCACCAAGGACGUUUUGGAGGGGUCGUCGUACCCCCUUGCGGGGGCACGGAACGGGCCUCGGGGCAAACCCCACUGCCCCGGCUGAAGCUUCCUGCCAUGAAAGGCAGAGGCGAGCUGAUGCAGGGAGGAAUUGAGAGGGGUAGUGCAGCGUAUCUGGCUGCACUGUACAUCUAUAUAUACAUAUAUAUAAUACGAUGGGCUUGAUCAGGGGACAGCCCGCCCGCUCUGGGCUCCCCAGAAGAGGAAAACCAAAACGGGGAGGGACCGACAUUACAAACGCUCCCCAAACGGGGGAAUCGUCCACCGUCGGGGGUGGUGAAAUGGGUCUCCAUAAGAGGGCACCCCAACAAUGUGGGGAGAAUGACGAGUGAGGACAGCUCAAUCCCAUGGGGGCACUCAUUAUGAGCACUCCCAUGUCAGUCCGAUUAAGCCGACUAUCUUAUCAUAGCAGGGGGUUCUACUAGCUUCCUUGGUAGCGCACGACCAUCAGGUGAUCUGGCGUGCAAGGGAGCUAUAUUGUGGAGAUGCUCGUAGGGUCCACCGUCAGCCCGCUCGUAAAGGUUACGAGCUAGCCUCCGGAUGAACUC